AUGGGCCUUGCUGGUCGUAAGCCUAUACUACCUGCGCCCACGGAGUCAUUGGUUGACGAUUCGACAGCAGAAGAACCUGUUGUCGAGCCAGAAGUGCCUGAGGAAGGAGCUACAGAUUUGUCCCAGCGCAGCGACCGAACCCACCAUACCAUUCCCGAAGACGGCAGCCCGAUCACAAUAUCUACCAAAAAGCCCACGUCCAAGCUGAGCAAAAUCACCAAGACCACUCAGAACUCUCAAACCUCGCUCCUUAUCGAAUACUUUGAGGGAGGGAAAGGGUCCGACCCCAACAGGCGUCCUAGUGUGCGUGUCAAGGUCGUUCCCUCGUCUAAAAACAAAACCAAGGACAAUCCGGAAAGUCAUCUUGUCUUGACCGAAGCUACAAAUACUGCUGGCAGAAGGCGCUCCACCACUAGCCGCUUCUCAUUAUCUUCUAGCAAUCCACCCUUUGUGCCCGCUGACAGCGACGUGAGCGUGUUGGAGUCUUUGCACGUUCCAGAUCCUCGCAAGUCCGCCCCUCUCGAUAUCGAGAUUCAACAACACAGCGACCACUCCGAAAUGAGCACCUCGCCUGAGGCCCGAUAUAUUGUCGCGUCCUCCGAUAUUUCCUCCAUGCCAGCUGACUCCAUGCUUGGUGUACAACAAUCGACAUUGUUCGCUCCAAGGGUUUUGGAAGCCUCUAGUAUCAGUUCUCUCCCUGCCGAGGAUUCGAUCCUUAGCGGCCCCGAGCUCAAGGAGUCUGCCGGCUUAAAACCACCAGUCGUGCCACGAGAGCGAAAUCUCAGCAAUGAGAGACUUACACAAAAAGUGAUAGAGAAAUUAAAUAAUAGGCCGCGUGGAGAGGUCAAGAUUACUCACGGACAAUCUUCCAAGACUUCCAGCAGAAGUGGCAGCCGUGACGUAGUCCCUGCUUCAUACAACCGAGCCGCCACUGAGCCCAAAAGCUUCCGCGAAACUGACAGCACUUUGAGCCCUACUGAACCGAGCCUACUAAGCAACUCAGUCCUGUCCGCCAGAUCCCCUGACUCUGCACGUUCUGCUAUUUCCAAUAAUUCAAUCAAUAACCCUAAAUUGCUUCAGACUGUGGAGGACGCCAUCCGACGUCUGAUCCUGCCCGAGCUUAAGGAGCUCAAGAAGGAUCAGCGACAACAAACCCGCCCGAAUCAUGACAAAACCUACUCAGAUCUAUCAGAAAGUAGCAUAGUCCGCGAGAAGUCAGCUCGCCGUUCCGUCUUCGGCGACAAACCUCGCCGAAGGAGGUCGAGCAGAGAUCACGCCGAAACAUCUACUUCCCGGAGACGAAGAAGCAACCAUCACCAUCACGAUGAUUAUGACUCGUUAUCCGAUAGCAGUUCUCGGCGCGAAGCUUCUGUGUCCAGUCUCAGUGCUGAGGAUCCCAAAAAGGUCUCCAAGAGCCGUCGAAACAGGGAUCUGACCGCAGCAGGGCUUGCUGGUGCCGGUUUGACCGCUGCGGCAUUGAAGUCAAGAGACUCCGAAGAAAGCCUCCACAAAAAACGUAGAAGGAAGCGUAGCAAGAGCAGAAGUAGUCGCAGUGCUAGUGUUGCUGAAAGUGAAGAGGUCUUUCAGAAGCACAAGGUUCCUCCUAUGCCCAUGCAGAGCGAUCUAGGUUCAGAAAUCACUCGAAGUUCCAUACUGUCUUCGAAUACUGCAACUUCUCAGACCCCUACACAACCUGAAGUCAAACAUGUCGCCCGUGGUGCUCCACGAGAGCUGUUGUCUCCUGCAUCCAACACUCCACCUAGGCACUCUAGCGAUUUGAGACAAACGUUAGGUCUACACCAUGGAAACUUCUCCGAACAUAACUUGAGCUCUCAGAAGCUAGCAUACGACGAAAAAGAGGAACAUACCGCUGAGAGCGAUCACUACCACUCUUUCUCCGCAGAAGACCUGCUAGAGGACCCAGAGCGUAUGCGUCAGUAUGAGCGCAAUUUACAUACUCAACAUCCGAUAAGACGUGGACUGAGCCCGAUCCAAAGUGUGGCGAGUUAUCAGACCAACGACCACAAUCGAAAUUCACUGAUGCGCCGAAGUGUUGAUUCUCUUGCCUCCACCAAGCAACGACAGCAGCAAUUGAAGGAAGAGGUAUCCAUCAGCUCUUUUACCUCUGCAAGCCCUCACCCAAAGAAGACCCCCCGACCUCAGGGUAUAAGUCUUGAGAACAGAAGCGAGAUCAUGGGUCAACACGAUGCUCAAUCGAUCAGGUCACCAGAGUUUCAAUCCGUCGGCAUUCACGAUCGCUUCAUUGAAGACGACCAUGACCAUUAUCGAGAUUCGUAUGCCGCGUCAGAACAAAGCGUCGACAACAAGCGCCUCUCGGGUCUCACCGAUGCUUCGUCUGACGUACAAUAUGUCGACAAGGUAGUUGCUGGUCAAAAUGUCGUGCCAGUUCGAGGCGCUAGACCAGAGAUUGUGCCUGUGCCUUUUGGAGUCGAGUCGGGAGUUGCAUCUCUCGUCGAGCCCUCUGUACUCAGUACGCGUGAGUCUCAACCUUCAUACAAGGGCUCCUUUGUGCAGGAGAGACACAGCACUCAUUCCUUACCACGAGACAUGGUAGGUGCCCGAAUGGCGAGCCCUGUGAAGGAUCAUCUGUCUGUGAAGAGCCAGGCUAGUAUACAGCAGCCACAGUACGCACAUCAGGUCAAUUUUUCUCCUCCACAAAGCCCUGCGCAUUCUUACGAAGAGCAGCAGGAAGACUAUAUUGGGCAAACUCCACGGAUACAUAGCUCUCGAUCACCUUUGCCUCAAGAAAACCUAGACAAAGGGUCACCGCAGUCCGAGAUCACGACCAACCCAUCCGUGAUACAAGGACCUAUCGGUGGCCUUGGUGCUCAUACAGAUCCAUGGAUGGGCGACGUAGCCACUCCUACUGGUGGCUUGAGCAGAGAUUUCAGCUCGGGGGCAAUAGAUCUCAUACCUGAAGGACUCAAUGUGAGCCAGCGUCACACCUACGAUGCAAAGCCCAAGACAUAUGUGAUCGGGUCAUCUGCUGCAGCACCAUUGGCCCUCAAGGAUGAAGGCUAUGCCACAGGUGAAGGUGACCAUUAUCCAUCUCCUGCGUCAAUCACAAAAGCUGGCCCUACAGCCAUGACUGCAUAUGAGUUCAACCAUGAGCUCGAUGCAGGGGCCGACGAUCCUUUCACAUCUAAGAAGAACCAGUAUAUCAGUGGUCUGUCUCAAGCUACUGGUAAAGGUGUCGAGCGUAUCCAGUCCAAAGACAUCAUCCAUUUGAUGGAACAUCUGACUGUCAGAGACGCUCAGCGAAACGCGCGUGAUACAGAGAUACUCUUUACUUUGGUGCGUAGCGCAGCUGAAAUGAGAGAGUCGUUCGAGGAGAUGAAGAACUUUAUUACAGACCAGGAUGCCAUGAUCGUAAAAACAGCUGAUGACCAGCAUGCUCAGACUCAAAGGAUUGUUGGUGGACCAAGACAAAUGCCCACUGGAGCCCGUACUACGCGAACAUUAACUCCUCAGGAUGAUCUCCCUACCAAGCGACGUAAUGUCUUCAAAAGAGCUUUGCAAGGCUUGGGAUCGAAGAACUCCACUGAACUCCAAAAUAUCGAAUCUAUGUUGAUGCAACUGCUAGAUGAAGUAGAAGCUCUACGUUCACAGCAAGCGUCGCAGCCUCUACUCUCUCAAACUCGAACAGACAGUCUUGCCUCCGAGGAUGCUGCACGACCACCAACUGAUACAGGGUACGAACCUGAAGGCAGGGCAGGCACCGCGUCUUCUGGAGGAGAGCGUUCUUUGUACCAUUCUAACAAUUCUUCUCGUCAAGGCCAGUUCAGUGCGGCACGAAGAAUGCCCGAGAACAGGGUUAGUACGGUCAUGGAAGGAGAUGAGGACAACUACAACUACGAGCGUACAGAGCGGGUAUCGGACCAUCAGCGUACACCGAGAGCGGCUUCUCCAUCAAACGACUACUACAGACGAGGACAAUCUGAGCCAUUGCAUACCCCGCCCCGAAUGCAUGAUGCUGAGGAAAUUACACCGACCACAUACAACUCCACAGACAAGAAGCACAAGACUUUCUCCUCAAUCUUGCCCAAUAAGUUUGUGUCGAGAUGGUCAAAGACCACAACAUCGACAGAUCCAGAUUUCAGGCACAGUGGUCAGGACAAACCAAGACCAUAUUCUCAAGUAUCCCGCUCUGGCUCUAACAUACAAGAGUACACGUACGAAAACAACCCAGAUGACCGCUUUCGGUCAGCAACAUCCUUGCCAGACGAUCGUUAUCGUCCCGAGCAAGGAGAUGAGAAUCGUCCACCAUCACCUCUCGUACCUAGCGCCAUAUCAGAUAAUCCAAAAUACCAGGCCCAUCGAAAUAGCCAAAAUUUGCAACAUCCGCAACCUCGCCAAGGACCAACAGGAAGGUAUCAGUACACCCUUGAAAAUGCUGCACGGAGUUACCACAAUGAUGGCCAGGCUGGUGGAGCUGUAUCUCCCAUAUCGCAGAUUUCCUCACAUCAACGAUGGGAGACCACCAAUCAGCAGCAGUCACAGCAGAUUCACAUUCCACGUACUCUCAGCCCGAUAUCUGACGGCGGUUCGUUUCAGGAUCGUCCAGGCAGCGCAUCCACAUCCUCGAUCACCCGACGGACACGCGGUCCACCAAGACCACCCAAAAUGUCUGAUAGAGAAAGCGACCUCAACGAGCCACUCGUCCCUCAGCGUCCACCCAAGCUACCAAUGUCCCCAAGUACUUAUGUCGAUGAUGUCCGUGCAGCAAGAGCCGGAAGUCCGAUUUACGACAAGAGUCCAGCCGCCGCAUUGAGGUCGCCAGGCGGCGAUAACAUUGGACGAAAACCAAGUGGGCCAAGACCAUUGAGUUCGAGCAGCAACAAGGAAACACAGAAGCGAGCAAGGUUUGUUGAUAGCCCCGUGCAGAGCGUUGGAAGUAAUGGAAAUCUAAGAUACUGA